GAUAAAAUCGGUACGUGUAGAUUUCCAAAGAAUUUCGAAGAUUCUUUGAGCGUAUCGGGCAGAACGAUGUAAUUCUUAGUGUUAUCGCCUAAUUGGCCUAAUUGAGUGAACGAUGGAUCUAACAAAGAAUAUUUGGGUUUUAACGUUAAACUUUAUUAUAAGUUAGUUUUAAUCUGUGUUAAAUGUGCUUUUUCAUUAACAAGUAAAUAAGUCUUGUACUUAAUGCAUUGCAUUUUAUCACUUGUUUUGUAUUAAAUCUGCAUUAGAUAAACAAGUAAAUAAUGGAAUACUUUUGCGAAUUACCUUCAUAAGUAGCAAAUAAAAAUCGUCAACACAUGUGAUUCAUAAUACUUCUGAUUCAUAUUGUGUGGGGAAAAAAAAAAGUUUAUUUUAGCUACAUAGAAUCUUAAAGAAAAAUGGAGUUAUGGGGUGAAAUUCCCGUGGAAACGAUUCCCAAAACAUACCUUGAAAGUAUUGAACAAGAUUCCAUAAAGGAAUUUGUACCACUUGCACUAGAUAAUGAAGCAAAAUUUUUUGAACCUGAAUGCCCCGAACCUAUUGAGCCCAGAAGGAUAUAUAAAUAUUCUUUAAAUCCUCCAAUUCUUCAACAUACAAUUGAGCUGCUAAAAUAUUCAAAAAAAUUGAAAAAUGCUGUAGAUCAACUGGAAGAAUAUGCAAAUAAAGAAGAUGAUGAGUGUAAAGAAGUGCCACGAAUUCCAGAUUUUCCUGAAUUUCCUCAAAAUUAUCCUUUUGGUAAUGGAAGUACAAAAGAUCUUACAUCAGGCCAUACUUGCAAGGAUGGCAUAACACAUGAAAUGAAACCUGUAAUGUUAUCUCAUGAAGCAGUGAGAAAAAUAUUGCUGAAAAGUAUUGCUGCCAUUUUUUGUCAUGCUGGUUAUGAUGCUGCUCCAAAAGACAUGCUAAAUUUACUUUGUGAUGUAGUUGAAGAUUACUUUCAUGGCAUGAUGCGGUUGCUAAGAAAAAAUGUUGAUAGACAGAUGAUUUCUGAAAACUUAGACAUUAUGUCAUUGGAAGAGGCCUUUCAAGGAAUGGGUUUUGAUGGCUUAAAAGAAUAUCAAAAUUAUUUUGAAAGUAUGAUUCAAAAUCAUGAUCGUCUUCUAGCAAGAUGUGAAAAUCUUGUUGAAGAAUUUAAGGAGUAUAACCUCACUGAAAAUGAAUAGUAUUGCUCAGAAAAGUAAUUGUAUAUUUUGAUAUGAACAUAUGAAGACAGGAUGGAAAAGGAGCAGUGAUCAAGAUAUCAGUAUAUUUGUUAAUCUCCUUGAACUAUUGGCUGUAUGAAAGUAAAGCAUUCCAAGGAAAAUGGCAUAUUUUAUAUUGUUGAAAGAAUAAUUUUUUACUUGUUGCCUUUUUUGUAGUAUAUAAUAAAUGAAGAUUUUCCUAAUUUU